AUGUUAUGUAAACAUAUGGUAAAACAUUAUUGUUCUAAAUCAUUUUCUAGAAGUAUUUCAAUUUCUAAACUUGAAAAACCAAUAUUAAAAGAUAUUAAUCUUAAUGAGGUAAAACCUAGUGUUUUUAAUGUUGAACUUAAUAGAGCCAAACAAAUGAAUACUUUUACACCUGAAUUUUGGUUUGAACUUAAAUCAGUAAUAACUUAUUUAUCUCAAUACUCGGGUUGUAGAUCAAUUGUUCUUAGUGGAGCUGGAAAAUCAUUUACAUCAGGUAUUGAUUUAAAGGAAGCUUUAUCACAAGUUACGGAUUUAUUAAAUGAUUCAACAUUAGAUAUUGCUAGAAAAGGACGUAUAUUAAUGAAUAUUAUUGGAGAAAUUCAAGAUUGUUAUUCAAUAUUAGAAAGAUGUCCAAAACCCAUAAUUAGUUCUAUUCAUUCUCAUUGUAUUGGUGCUGGAGUAAAUAUGAUUUGUGGAACAGAUAUUAGAUAUGCCUCAAAAGAUGCCAUUUUUAAUAUUAAAGAAGUUGAUGUUGGGAUGACUGCUGAUAUUGGAGUAUUGAAUAGAAUUCAAAAAAUUGUUGGUAAUGAUUCAUUAACAAGAGAACUUUCAUAUACAGCUAGAGAUUUCAAUGCAGAUGAGGCAUUAAAACUUGGUUUAAUAUCAAAAAUUUUUGACAACAAACAAGAUUGUUUUGAAGGUGCUAUAGAAACAGCCAAAUUAAUUGCUGAAAAAAGUCCAGUAGGUGUUCAGGGAACAAAAAUAGCUCUUAAUCAUGCAAGAAAUCAUAGUAUUGAGGAUUCAUUAGAGUUUAUUAAAAUUUGGAAUGCUUCACAAUUAUUAACUGAAGAUUUAGAAGUUGCUGCUAAAGGUUUUUUAACAAAGAAAAAAGUUUCUUUUAAUAAUGUUUAA